AUGUAUCUCCCAUCCUUCCUUUACUUCCUCGUCUCGGUUACUACCUUCUUCGGCACCUCCAUAAGCGCACCCACUAAGAACGUCCACCACCCUGCUCGCCUGGUCAGCGAAGCCCCCGUCGACAGACGCCAAUUACAAGUGCUUGUCGACGUGGCUGCGAUCAUUGGCGCUGCUAAGGCCGUGAUUGAAGGCAUCGAAGGCUUGGUCGACCUCGUUGAAGAUGAGAUCGAGGAAGCCGAAGGACAAUAUACCACAGGCAUCGUGUCAACCCUUCGAGAUCUAUAUCCCACCAUGAACGUUCUGGUCUACCACAAUCAAGACUGCGGCUACGAUCUGUACGAUGCCACUCAUGCACAUGUCGAAUUCGACAUCGCUCUGGGCUUCACCAAAGGGUAUGAGGUUUGGGUCUUCGACCAUGGCACAUUUAACCUCGUGGGCGAUGGCGGCUAUUCCAAUUGGGCAAUCGGCGGGAGCUUCGAUGGACCCAGCAGCGAAGUCACUUUCUACAGCAUGAACGGAAAUUGA